AUUAUCUUAUAUGUGGAGUUAUAUGCUUGCUGUGUUGAGUACAUUAUUUUAGAGGGUGACAAUUUGUCAUCUUUAUUUCCAAACGCGCAUUUAAACAUAGGAGGAUUAUUCGAGCUAAACUCUCCCCAUCUUUUUGCAUUAAUAACAACACUCGCAGUUCUUCCUACCGUUUGGCUACGCGAUUUGAGCAUCCUCAGCUACAUUUCUGUUGGAGGAGUGAUUGCAUCUAUACUAGUGGUUGCUUGUUUGUUCUGGACUGGAUUAGUGGAUAACAUUAAUAUGCAUGCCAAAGGGUCGACUAUAAACCUCUCGAGCCUUCCAGUUGCAAUUGGGCUCUAUGGUUUUUGCUACUCGGGCCACGCUGUUAUUCCCAACAUUUAUUCGUCAAUGGAAAAACCGAGCCAAUUCCCUUCUGUUCUCCUCAUGAGUUUUGGUAUUUGCACUCUGAUGUAUGCUGGAGCUGGAGCUAUGGGUUACAUUAUGUUUGGUGAGACUACACAAUCACAGUUCACACUCAAUAUGCCUAAAGAUUUAACUGCCUCCAAAAUUGCUGUUUGGACUACGGUUGUCAAUCCAUUUACAAAAUAUGCAUUAACAAUGUCCCCUGUAGCCAUGAGCCUUGAGGAAUUAAUACCAUCAACACAUCGAAAUUUCCAGAUGUAUUCAGUCCUCAUAAGGACAGCUUUGGUCAUAUCUACAUUGCUAGUGGCUCUUACCAUUCCCUUCUUCGGUCUCGUGAGUGCACUAAUCGGUUCUUUACUCACAAUGCUAGUCUCGUUAAUUCUUCCGUGUGCUUGCUACUUGAGGAUCUUAAAUGGGAAAAUCAACAUAUUCCAGAGCUCGAUUUGUAUGUUGGUGAUUGGUGUCGGAGUUGUAGCUUCUGGGAUUGGGUCCUAUUCGGCGCUCUCCAAAAUUAUCGAGAGCUUGAGCUGAAAGACUUUUUUUUUUUCUAAUUUUUUUUUACUUUGAUUUGUAGUAUGUGCUUUGUGUACUAAGAGCAUCUCCAAUGGAAAAUGAUCCAUUUUGUGUUGUAUGGCAUGGAGAAUGAAAACUAAAAAAUUAUGUCUCCAAUGGUUGAUGUUAAUUGUGGUAUCAUUUGUGA